GACCCGAGUGUAUACUUAAAAAAAAAUAAAGACAGGCAAUAAGAACAUUUGUGUUUAUAGUUCUAAUAAGGACGUGUUGGCAAAACCAAAUUGCACCUGAGAAGUAAAAAAAUGGGUUUAAUAUUUAUAUAACGCAUGCGCGUUUGCAUAUGCUUGUAAAACUAGCGCGCGUAAUUUACGGAAGUGACUUAAAGUACUGUAAAUAAUCAGCCAUGGACGUUUGGAAACUUGUAACUAGCGUUUUUUGUUGUUGUUAGAUAUAAUUUGAAAAGUGAUUCUUAACUUGCGCAAAGUCACUCUCAAUAAUGAAGCCUGUACGUGGUUCCAAUAAGAAAGCAGCGAAAGUACCCAGCGUUAAACAGAAGUCUCAAAGGAAAAAUCGACCGACAAUUGAACACCAGAAGGAUACGCCGCCCGCCGACGACAACAACGGCAAGAGCAAACGCCAGAAAUGGACAAAGGAAAGAAACGUCCAAGGCUCAAAAAACUUGAGGCAGAUCCAGAGAUCCUCUAUCGUUGCACUGGAGGAUAUGAUGAACAUCGCAACACUGACAACUCUUGGUUUGCGACACACAGAGAAGAAUCAGAGUCAGGAACAUCUAAAUAUUGUGAAAAACAGGUUCCUAACUCGUUGUGCAGAGCUUCAAGUUCCAGUUCAGAAAUAUGAUACAUUCGAGGCCUCAUCACAGUGCCACAGUGAGGAGAGAAAGAAGUCUGCGGCUGAGGAAACUCUGAGUUCCUUGGAGGAGGACCUGAGGGCUGUUGUCCGUGUGCUGGAGAGCACAGAAGAGCAAAUGUGCUCUUUGAAGCAUGAAUGUGAUUCUCUGAGAGAACAAGUAGAAGAGGAGGAAGCCAAAGCUAAGGAGAUAUUACUGAGAAGCAAGCAAACCGUCCUCAGCCUCCCUUCUUUCCCGCCACGGAAGGAUGAAACAACCUUAGAGGCUCGUUUGAGACAACAGGUCCCGGAGAAAGACUGCGAGGCCGUAUCGCUCAAACUGGGAGAUAUAUUGCAAAAGUCAGAAGCGUUAAAAAAUGCCAAGGACCUACUUACACAGGCACACAAACAUGUGGAUCAGCUGUUUGACUUAUAAUUGUCCCGUGUCGGUAUGUCUUUUUAUUCCAAAAGUAACUACCUGUUAAAUAUUUCAGCAAAAAACUUAAAGGAUGUGAAUUGAAGUGUUAUGAGGUACUGUAAAGGUAUUUUGGAAUAGCUGCAGUAAUUGAGUUCAUACAGCCACUUUGUUUAAAAUGAUUUUUAGAAUUGUAAAUUUGUCAGAAUAAUAAAAAUAAUCUCUC